UAUACGCAACCUCUUAGCUUAAUAAACUAAAAGCAUGAUUUGAAGCAAAUCAAAGGGUGCUUAAUGCAACCUCUUAACAAAUAAACUAGAAGGUGAGAAUUCUGAUUAUUAACAUUAACCAGUUCAGUUCAUGGCGGUCUACAACCCCAAAUGGUUAACACUCACCAUUGCUUUUGCUGCUGCAACACUCUCUGCUUCUACUGUGUAUUUUUGGAGAAGAAAGUCGAAGGACGGUGAGGACGCAAGAAUUCAAGGACUUGAAGCAUCCCUUAAGAAUGCGUUGGAAAAGUGUGCUGCCGAGAGGCAAGGCCGAAUUAAAGCUCAGCAGGCUUUGAGGAAAGCAUUGGUUCAGCAAAAUUCAGAAAGUUACGAGUUGAGUUCAUAUCCCAUGGCACCAAUUGCAGUGAUCCAGUCUUGCUUCUCUACAAGAAAUGGGACACCAAGACAGCCUUUACUUGUACCUCUUGCAAGGGCACAGUUAAAGUUUGAUGCUGCUCGGGUUCCUUCAGCAUCUCUUGAAGGUCUUGAAGGGUAUUCUCAUUGCUGGAUUCUUUAUGUGUUCCAUCUCAACACUGACCUGGAAAAGUUGUGGAAGCAUCCAUCCCAGUCAAAAUUCAAGGCUAAGGUAAGAGUACCGAGAUUGAAAGGUGAGAGGAUAGGGGUCUUUGCCACUAGAUCUCCUCAUCGCCCAUGCCCUAUUGGCCUCACUGUGGCAAAGGUGGACUCAGUGGAAGGACAAACAGUUUUACUUUCUGGUGUGGACCUAGUUGAUGGAACUCCUGUUCUGGAUGUCAAGCCCUACCUUCCAUACUGUGACAGCAUAAGUGAAGCGGCAGUUCCUGAAUGGGUGAAGGCAGACAACUUGUUGGCAGUAGCUUCCAUUAAUUUCUCUCGGGGGUUUUCUGACAGUCUAGCUGAUUGUUGGCCAGUAGUGGAAAAAAGGUCUCUCUAUACCUCCCAACAUGAAUUUGAAGGUUUGAUAGAGCAGGUGCUAUCAUGGGAUAUCCGAUCAGUAUCUCAAAGAAUCCAACCACAUAACUCCAUAACUAAGACUGGAAUUGACAGCAUAAAUGACACUGCUGCAAAAUUGGAGGACCAUGAAGAUGAUGAAAUCUCUGGACAGGGAGGUGGGGAGGAGUCUGUUUCUUCGGACGAUGUCAUUUAUCACCUUAUUUUGGAAGGCCUGGAUGUCUCUUACAGAAUUGACUGCAACAGCGAUGUUAUAGUUGAGAAAGCCAGUUUAUGUUUAUCUCAAAACCAAACCACCAAUAGAAUCAGAGUACAUGAUUCCGUGUAGUGGGAAUACUCAAAAAUUUUGUAGCAUUUUGCAGUUAUUGAGCUUAAAUGAGCAUCAAUACAUGUAACUGAAUGCUCUUUUGUUGAAUUUAUUGCUGGUGAUACCCCAAGGCGAUAGCCAUGUCCUGUCCUGUCCUCUCUUAACUGAUCCAGCCCAUUGCAAUGAGUUGUUUUACU